AUGUGGGGAGGUCACCUCCUCGUGUCAGUCGCGGUGGGGCUCGUGGUGCGCGUUGUCGGUGUAGUCGUCGUAGUCGCGCGGCGCGUCGAGCUCGUCCUCGCGCACGUCGUACUCGCCCGCGUCGUCGCCCUCGCCCUCGCCCUCCGCCUCGCCCUCCGCCUCGCCGUCCUCGUCCUCGCGCGCGCCGCCGCCGGGCCGCUCCUCGCGCGCCGCCUCCUGCCACACCGACAACUACUUCCCGCUACUCCCUUUUGCCCUCACUCCCGCUUCUACCACACCGCCCGUCUAGACCUUUGUGACCUUUUUAUUCUACGCCUCGCUUUCAGAACUAAGCUAAAUAGUAGCUUUCGGGACGAUACGUGUCGCAAAUGUCCAUUGGGUUCGAGU